AUGCAUAGGAAGAUGACUUCUCUGAAGAGCCCCUUGUUCUGCACAGAGAAACUAGACAGGGUUCAGACAACCCUGGACUCCAGUUUGCACUGGCCAGAAGACUUGAAGGGCGAAGAGAUAAAGAAAUAUAGUAGAGAAAGGACACUACAAAAUAAAUACAACCAGCAAUACCACAAGCUGUUCAAGGAUGUCCCCUUGGAAGAGGUGGUUCUCAAAGUGUGUUCCUGUGCUCUCCAGAGGGAUCUCCUUCUUCAGGGCUGGUUCUAUAUCUCCCCCAACUGGCUCUGCUUCAUUGCCAGUCUCUUUGGCAAGGAUAUUAUGGUGGUCAUUCCUGUGGUGUCUGUGCAAAUGGUCAAAAAACACAAGAUGGCACGACUCCUUCCCAAUGGCCUGGCCAUCACCACCAACACUAGCCAGAAGUAUAUAUUUGUGUCACUGCUAUCCCAGGACAAUGUAUAUGACAUGCUGAGGAGGGUCUGCAUUCACCUACAGCCUUCCAGCAAGAAGAGUCUGAGUGUAAGAGAAUUUUCAGAGGAACCUGAGUGCGAGUCUCUGGAAGUCCUCAUCCCUGAGAUGAAGUGGAGAAAAAUAUGCCCUGCCUCCGGGUCCCUGUCCCUCCCAGGCAGUAUCCCUUGUAUCCCUCCAGCAUCCAUGGACUCCCCAGACAGCUCCUUCUCCUCCAGGAAACCUCCAGGGUCUGGGAAAGCCAAGAGCCCAAGCAGCUUCAGAGAAUGGCAGGAGGUUGGCAUGUCCCAUGCUGAGCUGGGGUCCUACUGUCCCAGGAAGAUGAGUAACUGCUCUCUUAUUGCAGAAAAUGCUAUCUGUGAGGAAGAGACACUGGAGGAGGAACCCAGGAGCAAUGAAGAGCUGAGGCUCUGGAAUUACCAGCUCCUCAAGGUCGUCUUCAUACUGAUCUGCUUCUUGGUCAUGUCCUCAUCUUAUCUGGCAUUCUGUAUUUCCCGGCUGGAACAGCAGUUAUGCUCCCUGAAUCGGGAUGGCCCAACUCCUAAGCACAGGUAA